AUGAGUUCUGCGGAAAACCUAGAAGCGGUUUUCGGCCGGAAGGCGACGCGUAGUCCGCAUCUGUACUCCCCGGGUGACCGGAGUACUACAGUCGAGACACCGCACACGGACCCCCCUGAUAGUCCUGGAGUGCUCGAGGAUGUCGUAGUGAUCCGAAAGGGACGUGUGAGUUCAUAUGAACGACGGGCGCACAAGGCACACCCCUCGGACCGAUUAAUUGUGCCCGAGCGUUUGUCUAGCCGAGAACGGAGUAGUCUGUCUGACCGCGUGACGGAUCGCCAGCGCCGGUCGAGUGCGCGGUUUGAUAGCGAGUCACAGACCAUGGACUCCAACAUGAGCUUCACCAAUCUCCCUCCUCCACCCCCUCUAGCGAGAGAAUCAAACUACUUACUUCCACCUCCAGGGUCACAGGUCUCCCCACACUUGGACCGGACGCCGGACGACCGGACGACGGAUACCCGGACGACGGACCACCAUCGUGCCACCGGAGACCAUACGCCGGUAGAUGGCACGCCAAUGGAGGGUGUGACUUGGGACUUGGAAGCAGACCCGCCGGGCGACUCGAUCCUGAUGGACAACAGUGACGUGUUCUCUCAAGCACACAGUCCAGUCGCACACACCAAGAAGAAGAAGAAAGGGUGGCUGGCUAAAGUGUGGGGCGGCAAGAAGAAGAAGCAGCCGGACAUUUUUGAGUUAGCGCAGCGACAGCAAGACGAAGUGGCAGGCUCACCGUCUGACAUGGGCGACGGAGACUUCGCCGGCAGUGCGGAGCUUCCUGAUUUUGCUAGGGCGGAGUCCGCAGCGAGCAAGUCCGCAAUGACUAGGUCCGUGUCGACUAAGUUCGCAGUAACCAAGUCCGUAGGGACCAAGUCUGAUCCAUCAGUGGUGCGAGACUUUGAGAGGCCUGCCGUGCCCGACUCUGAAUCUGUGCAGCGCGGAAGACUCAGCUCUUUCGAGUCGAAUUCACCUAUGUCCAGUUCAUCCGGCGUCGCUUCCCCUCGGUCGGGUUCGCCACUGCGUCUGUUUGAUUGCAAGGGUCACCACCGGUCUGAAAGCAGGGUCAGCAGUAACCACACAGGUAGUCAUACGUCUGGUAGCCAUCGGAGCAGUCUGCAUUCAUAUACUUCGUCCAUCAAAUCGCAUGUGAAGGCCAGGAUCGAAGACCACAGAGCGCGUAAGGAGGAGCGGGCGACCCGCUCUCUUCACUCGGCGGACUCGCUGGACAGCGUUAACUUGUUUACGGUCUUACCGGGACUGGAAUCUGAACCGCCUCCGCCAAAAAAGAAGAAGAAGUCAUCGUGGGGUAUCGGGAAGAUGUUCAAGAAGUCGAAGAAGCACACUUCGGGGUCCUCCUCGGCGGUGAGUCGGACCGUUUCGUUCGCGACGCCAACUUUAGGUGAUGACGCGAGCAGCAGUAUGUCGCAGUCGUCGAUGGACCGAGCUCCCACUUUUUCCACGGCGCCGAUCAUGGAGGCGAGCCACACAGACACGACCACCAGCAGGAAGAAGAAGAAGGGCUUUUUUGCCAAGGCCUUCGGUCCCAACGAGAAGAAGAAGGCGGAACAGCGGAAGAAGAAACUGGACAAAGCGCGGGAACUCAUAGAGGCUGCCGAAGGUUUCGGCAUCGGCCAGGAAGAGGGCAAAAUACUGUGCACCAAGGAGGCCGUAGCGGAGGAAGAGAGGAAACGGCUGGACCGGAUUCAACAGCAAACCAAGGAAGAAGCCAUCGGAUUUGUCCACGACUGGGCAAAACGAACAUACAUCGAGUACAGCAAACACUACAUGUGGAAACAUGAACAAGUCAAGCGGUUAGUUAUUACCGACGUAUCCACUCCCAGCACCGUCGCCAGUACGGGAAGCGAUACACUGAGUGGAAAACAACGUAGGGAUACAGAACUUGAGAUACUUAAAAAGGACGCACUCAAAAAGCAAAUGGACCAAGCUGCAAGCGAAAGCUUGCGCAAAGCAGAAGCUCUGAAACUCCUGGGACUCUCCGAAACAGCCAUCGGAAGCCUCGACUGGAAACUCCUGAGGGGGGUAGAAGACUAUGAUACUGCGCGAUUCGCCCAGUUGCUCCUGGAACUUACGAGAUUCGUAAACACAUGGUUUGAUACACGCGCAGACAAUGCAGUUAAAGAGUCUCACGCCGCAACGACAGAACUCCAUAUCCAACAAUGGUUUUCUGACCAGUGGCUUGAAGACAAUAAAGAGCUUAAUAGGGAUACUUACCAAAAGCUUGGGGUCCUCCAACAAAGCCGCUGUCUCGUUGGCCAUUUUGAUGAGCUCGUGCAGCAACAGAUCAAAAAUAAGCGCGACCAGUACUACAGGCAAAUCUAUGAUCUUUCGGAAGACGUCGAUCGAAUCCAUCAACACAUUCUCAGCGCUAUCUGUGAAGUUUUUGACACUCUGAAGUGUUGUUUGCUAGAUAAAGACGGAAGAGGUGACUGGGACGGACCGAAUGCCGUUCAAAGUAUUUUGAUGCCUAAGUUUCUGGUUAAUUCAGUCAAUGUCGCAAUUCAAGAAAAUUCGAUUCGACCAUUGGACCUGCCAGAGGUAACACCUAUUAUUGAUGAGGAGGCGGCUCUCAAUCAAUCAACAGUGGACCUGGAUAAGAAGCAGAAACAAAAAGAGAUCGAGCGCGCGCGUGUGCGCAACGAAAUUUCCCAAUGGCGAAAUCGAGUUUUGCAGCGUGCUGUAGCACUACCCAAGCGUCCUGUAGGGGCAGGGCUGCAGAUGCAGACUAACAUGUCGGAUUGGGAGCAGUUGGAGAGGAAACUGUCGGAUCGUUGGGGAAGUCAGUCGAUGCUGCAGCGCUGGCUGGCUGCUUCUCUAGAGUGGCAGAUGGUUGACGUCGCUUGCCAGUACGAGAUCAGGAACGGGCGCAUUGAUGUUCAGUCGCUGAUUGAGGAGAAAAAGCGAUACAUGAUGGAUGUGGUAGAAAAGAAGCUGGGUGCCUUCUGGUUGGCGCGUGCGGAUUGCGCAUCCAAGGAUAUGGUCGCGGAGUUGGCGGCAGCGUUGGAAGACGCGUUGGCAGGGCGCGUCGUAAACGUGUUUGAGCGGAGUCAGGUGGACGACGAGAGGUGCGCUAUGGCGUAUGAAGACGAGCGCAUGCGCGUAGUGCCGCCGCUUGCCGCCUUGGGUAAGUCCAAGUUGGGGACACUGUUGAAGGCCGAUAAGGAGACGUUUACCGACGUAGCCCAGUUGACACACCUGAUUAAUUCCUUGGUGGACGUGAGAGACAUUAUAGAGGACAAUCACGCUAUCCUGAAAGACGUGGAGAUCCAGCGGUUUAUUGAGGAGGUUAUUAACCAAACCAAGCAGCACGAGAAACGGCUCAAAGCCCUCCAGCAGGAGACCCAUGGCCAGAAAACGAGUAUUUUCAAGCGGCGUGACGAGGCCGUCGCGAGGCGUGAGAAAACGCUAGACGCGAUCAACGACGAGGAGGAAAAGAUCCGGCUGGCCAAAGAGGCCAUAGCGGAGGCUGAGGCGCUGGAAACGGAAGUUGAGAAGUUGAAGCAGUCUUUACAAACGGUAAAGAAGAAGAGCAAGGAGUAUCAGCAAGUGGCGAAACGUGCGCAAUCGGAUUCCAAGAAGAAGGGCGGCUGGUUUUUUGGCACAGGCAAGAGCUCUAAAAGCAGCCGCGCUUCCGGAAGCGUCCCUGCGUCGGACCCCCGCGCUGAUGACCUGGACAGCGACGAUGACGGCCCCAGCAGGCGCGAACGGGCGGACCGGGAAAUGAGACCCGACCAGAAUGCGCGUUACGGCUCCAAAGGCGAGUACGGCGCAGGCUACCCAGAAGGCAGCCAGCGACAAGACUACCGUAAGUACGACUGGUAUGACUCUGAACUGGACAACCGGGGGCUAGACAACCGCGUAUUUGACCACCGCGGCUUGGACGGUCGUGGCUUGGACGGACGUGGGCGGGACGGACGUGGGCGGGACGGACGUGGUGAGGAGUCGCCGGCGACGAGCGCUGUGGCCCACACCGAGAAGCGACGAGGCAAAACGGCCAGUGCGGAGUCUCCGACCCGGCAGGGGGCGGCAGAGAAUAAGGCGCAGCCAGCGUCCACACCCGACUGCGCGAGUCCGUCGCCGACGAAAAGCAAAAGCAAGUCCGCCAAGUCGCGCCGGGGUAGCACCUUCGGCGGCUGGUUGCGCGGCGGCGGCAGCAAGAAGCCACGCUCGACGGAGGAGGCGACCGAAGAAACUACUACGGUUGUGGAAUCGCCGCCGGCUGCAGCGAAGGCUGCGGCCAAGGCGGCGGCUGCGGCUGCAGCCAAGGCUGCGGCUGCAGCCAAGGCUGCGGCGAAGGAUGCAGCGCCGGCUGCAGCGAAGACGCCGGCUGCAGCGAAGACGCCGGCGGCCGGGGUGGAGAGGCGGCCGGUUGAAGAGUCGGCGGCUGUGGCGGUGGAGGAGGAGCAGAAGUCGUUGGUGAGUCGCCUAUCGCUGGCGAGUCGCGGCGAUAGUACCUUCGAGGACGACGCGGAGUUUUUCGGCGCGAAGGCGGACGCGCGUUGUUCGCGGCACUUGUCCUGGGAGUCGAGGGAGAGCGCGCUGCCCCCGCCGCAGCCGGACGGGAGUCCAGGACGUACGACGCCGACGAGUCUAUUGGUGGACGGGAAGGAGAAGAAGAAGAAGAAAACGCUUUGGCGGAAGAUCGUCAAAGGCGGCAAGAAGAAGGAGGCCUCGGGCUCGGUCCAGGGCGCGGCCCAGUUGACGCCGACCGCGACGCCGGGCGCGGGUUUGGGCUCGGAGGAGCCGGAGGAGUCGGAUGACGGCGCCUCGACCUACAGCCGGGGACGGAAGUCGAGCAAGAAGCGCUGGGGUGGAUGGUUUGCGGCCAAGCGCCGUGAUAGUUCGGGCGAUACGGAGGUGACCUCGGCGCUUGCGGCCGACCUCCACUCCAAGUCGUCCGUCUUUGUCCCCGGCGCCGAAGUAAUCCGACUUAGUAGCCACGAGGACGACGCCCCGCCCACUCCGCCACCACGACGACUGGCGCCGGCAGACGCGCCCGAACCGAUGCAGGUUCGCCUCGACUCCGACCGGGAUCCCCAGUCCGCGCGAGACGCAGACGGAAGCAAGGCGGACCCAGCGGGGGAGAAAGAGGGAAAGAGGACGGACCCACCGAAUGAGUCCGACGAAAAGAGGAGGGACGUCAAGAGAGUUGACUUGGACGCGGACAACGGGGCAAACAACCUGGCGAGCAGCCCGGCAAGCAAGCUGGAGAACAACUCGGGGAAUAACCUGGAGAGUGAACUGGGAAACAACCUGGCGAACGAGCUGGCGAACGACCUGGAGAAUGACAACCAAAGUCUCAGCUAUUCGCCCGUCCGCGGACGCACUGCCAACUUCCCGUCAGACUUUAGUCCCCGGGAAUUCAGUUUCGGCGAGUUCACGCCCAGCGACAUGAAUUCCCUGGAGCGGACUCCCAGAGAGUCUGCCCAGAAAAACUUUGGGCAUUCAACUUCGCUGCCGAAUAGUUGUGCGUCGAGGAGUGGGUUGCGGAGCUCUGUGCUGGAGGACCCACUCAGUAUGCUCCAGGACAGUGCGCCCCUCUUGAUCGACAGCGAGACACUGAACGGAGACGGACCCAACAACACGGCCCGCCACUCACUCCAAUACAGUGAGGCCGAUACGCUCCGCUUCGAGAAUGUACUGCGGAACGGAUCCAACGGGAAUACCGCCACGGCUCUCUCUGCCGGCUCGCCUGACCGGUCCCUGACGAGUGCUGCGACGCCUUUCCCCGAGUUGGUUGAGGAUCAGAGCAUACUCGAUCAGAGCAUCCUUGAUCAGAGCAUUCUUGGUCAGAGUGUCCUGGACCAGAGUGUGCUGGAUCAAAGUUUGCUGAACCAGAGCUUCCUGGAGCAGAGCUUCCUGGACCAGAGUGUGCUGGACAGUCUCAGUACGUCUCCGCCAGCGCGGCGGAUGCGAAUGAGCGUGGAGGACUCGCUGCACGUCUCGUCCACGACGUCGCCGGUGGGUUCGUCGCCACGCGUGUUGCCGUCUCCACGUGUGGGGGCACCACGUCGGUUGUCGCCCGGCACUUUUUCGCCGACGCCGCUAUUGAGUCCACGUGUGGCGUUGCGUAACGAUUUGCAGCCACCUCGUGUGCGCGGACCCGGUCGAGCGCAUUUCGACCCUCAAACCUCGGUCGUCUAUCUCGACCCGCUCGAUGGCUUCACCGCCAGCGACGUCAUGCCCGUGACCGAAGACCUCCGCGCCGGUAGUGGCUCGCUUCGCUCCGCCUUCGAUGACGAAAGCGCGCGUACUGACCUCUCCAGCCUCCGCACCGACCUGGCCAAACCCGACCCGCUGCUCAGACGAGUCGGCAGCAACGACCUCGCCCCCACCACCAUCCAGACCCGCGCCAUCAACGAUCCCCCAGUCGAAGCCGCCGAAAAUCAGGG